UACCACUACAUAAUGACACUCAACCCAAUCACCUCAAUCUCCAAAAAAUAAUACCAUGACUCUGGUAAUUCUGUUCAAGUGUCCUCGGGUUUUGAAACCCUAAGUCUUCCCUGCAAUGGAGAGAUAAAAGCACUGUUGACCCCCGACCCUCCGUAGCCUCACUUCUCUCCGUCACUGGUUCUGACGGUAUUUGCUGGUAUAAGAAAUCAGUGUAUCGCCUAUUCCAUCCGCGCCCACACGCGAACCAUACAGGCCCUUCUUUUUGGUCAAAAUAAUCCAUCAGACCGAGGCUAUGGAAUCAGAGACACCACGCGUUUCAUUCAUCUCCAUCGUAGACUUCUCGGAGGAUGCUCGCUGGUUGUUCCUUACUGAAUCAGUCUCCGACCUGCUAGGCUUUGAACCCCGCGAGUUAAUAGGCCGCCCUGCUUUGGAGCUUGUACAUCCAGACGAGUUCUCUCAGGUAAAGCAGAUGCACUAUGAUACUAUCCGCGAAGAUAAAGCCGCUGCUCUGGCAUAUCUUCGAUUAAAGCAUAAAGAUCCCUUCAAAGGAUACAUUCUUUGUGCGGUCUCUCGGACCGUUGUGCACAGCGUUGUGGUAGGCAGCGUAUCCUUUGCCACACCAGGUGGAAAGGCGCUCCAGAAUACAUCCACUGCACAAGAAGUUGAAGUUGUCACACCUUCUGCGAAGAACUUUGAACUUAGGCGAUGGGGCGACCCGUCACCGAUGACGUCUAGUCCUAGUAUACCCGACCUCGCUUCACGGACUGCCUGCGCUUCCACAGACUCGGAUACCAGUGAUGAGUCAUCCAGCCGCAGCCGAAGCAAGAAACCAACAAUAAUUAGUUUCAAUCCGAUGCCCUGUCAGUCCCUAAGGUCGGCACUUAUCCUUGACCGGUUCUCGAUUCAUUGCACGGUCCUCUACUGUUCCAAUGACCUUCUCCUGUCAACUACCAGGGUUCUGGGUCGGAGUUUCUUCGAUUUUGUCACUAGUCGCACAGAACAUAGCGUGCGCAGCUGGAUCGAUGUCAUUAAGUCAUGGGGCGUCAACGAUCGAGGGCAACCGAGCGAUGGCGGCUUCGGUUUUGGUAAAUUUGUGCUGUUACUUGCUGGCAGAAAUUCAAGGGGUGAAAAUGAACAAGAUGCGCCGCUAUCACGGCGCCGCCUCGGAGACGCAAGAAUCAAUUACCGAAUGCCGUCAAGCCCACGUUGCGCCUCCCAUUCAUCGCCCGGGACGUCAUCCCGUUCACGGCCACCAUCUUCCAUGUCUUCAUCCUCCUCUGAUCAAGAAAUUUCUGUUGACGCUGUUUUCUCUGGCCACUCGGACGGAAUUUUACUGGUACUUCGGCCAACUUCAAAAUGCGUCACAAUUUGGAGCUCAUAAUUUAUUCUCGCGGAGCCUUCGCUGCAAUAACUUCCUCAACGCCAUCGGUUCUUUGUUGCAGGUAUGUUUAUUGCAUAUUGUAACAUGUGCUGGCACUUGAAACGACAGAUCAAGUGUAAUGACGUUCCCAGCUUUCUUGGCGUCUAUGUUGCGCUCACAAAGCGCCUGAACGGCGUCCCGUGCGGCUUUUCACUUUGAGCCAGAUCGGUACAGAUGAUUCACGUGCGUGGAAGGGAUUCUGAAGAUCAGGUUCACACUGGCAGGAAUACAGAUUCCUGAUGGGGCCAGCAUAGGUAUUGCAUAGCCUUACUGUGCUGUCAGCUCUUGUUCUUUUUGACAGAAUCGCUACGGAAUUGUCUGUUCCUGCUGAUGAUCAAUACGCUAGCAUGCUUUCUU